AUGGGCGAACUGUCCGCCGGAGCAAGCGUAGCGGUCGGCGUCGUUGUGGGUGUACUAUCCACCAGCAUUCAGAGCGUCGGCUUGACCCUCCAGCGGAAAUCCCACCUUCUGGAAGAUGAGAAAGAGGAACACCACACUCGGCGCCCGCCGUAUCGACGGCGGAGGUGGCAGCUGGGCAUGCUCAUGUUCAUCGUUGCGAACCUUGUCGGCAGCACUAUUCAGAUCACCACCCUUCCCUUGCCGGUCCUGUCGACAUUACAAGCGUCCGGUCUCGUCUUCAACUCCAUCUGCGCAACCCUCAUCCUCAGCGAGCCCUUCACCCGCUACUCCCUCGCCGGUACCCUCCUCGUCACAACCGGCGCAAUCCUCAUAGGAACCUUCGGCGCGCUCACCGAGCCCUCCCACAAUCUCGACCAGCUCCUCUCACUCCUCAGCCGGCAGCAGUUCCUCCUCUGGCUCGGCAGCACCUUUUUCCUCGUCGCCGUCAUAAUCCUCGGCACCUGGGUCCUGAGACGCCUCUACCGCGGCCACAUAACCCCGCGUGUCAAGCUGGUACUAGGCAUGUGCUUCGGCUUCAUCAGCGGCGUGCUCUCCGCCCACAGCCUUCUCGUCGCCAAGUCCGCCGUUGAGCUGCUGGUCCGCACGAUCGUAGAUCGCCAUAACCAGUUCAAUCGCUGGCAGUCGUGGAUGAUACUGCUCGGACUCGUUGCCCUGGCCCUCUCCCAGCUGUACUACCUCCACCGCGGCCUCAAGCUCUGCUCGACCAGCGUGCUGUAUCCCUUUGUCUUCUGCAUCUACAACAUCAUCGCCAUUCUGGAUGGGCUCAUCUACUUCCGGCAGACGUCGCGCCUGCCGGUCUUACAUGCAGGUCUUAUUGCCGUUGGGACAGUCAUCUUGCUCAGCGGCGUCAUGGCACUUAGCUGGCGCUUAGAACACGAGCACGGCCACGACCACGACACAGGCAGUCCCGUCUCGCGGCGCAGCAGGCGGAAAACGAUCGACCACGCUGCUAUCGCGCCGCAGUCUGUGCUGACGCCCGGCAUGGGCCUCGUCGAGUCUGCCAGUUCCGACACCGAGGACGCGGGGGAUGAGCCGCUCUUAUCAGCAAGUCCUCGCGACAGUCUCGACGACGAAGAAGCCGGCGGCAGGGCACGCAAACGAAAACGCACCAUCGACGGCGACGGCGCAGACAACGACGAGGACGGCCCGAGCGAGCAGACACCGCUCCUCAACCGCAGCGCCACCACCGCGUCUGCCUCUUCGAGAAGCAGCCAUCGGCUCCCACCACGGCAUCCCACAGCCCUCGACGCCGCGAUCGCGGAAGAGCGAAGCGAGAUCUGGGACGAGCUGAACGACCUCUCCGACACCAGGCGCGUCUCCCUCGCUCUCCCGGCCCGCCCAGCCUCGUCCUCCUCGCUGGCCGCAGGACGACGGCGCAGCAGCGCGCAGGCGCGGGCACGGGGAAGGGCAAACACGCUCAACAUCCCCAGCGCCCGAAACGCGCCCGGCGUGAGUUGGUGGGAGCGUCCGCGACGGACGCAGGCGCGGCCACGACCGCGCUCGUCGAGCUCGGCGAGGGGGAGUAGGGAUGAUGGCGGGCCCCUCGACGAAGAGGACGACGAGUUUGCGGGACUGUUGAGUCCGAGCCCGACGGAGAGGCCGGGGCGGUGGGGACGGAGGAGGAGCAUGGGACAGGAGCCGCUUGGGGGGUGGUUUAAGAUGGGGUGGUGGAAACGGAGAAGGAGAGAGGGGGACGCAGAUGGGGAAGGGGAUGGGAGGGAUGAGGGCGGGGCGGCUGGGGAGGGGAACGGGGAGGGCCGUGUUUGA